UAGUUCAAUCGGUCUAGACUGCCCCUGACUUGGUUUAGUGACUUUUGACCAACAAUGCGGACUAAGCCAGAAAAGUCUGAUUUUUUUCUUUUGCGCACCGGGUUGGCGGUGAGAGGACUGGGGACUGACAGCAGCAGUGCGCCCAUGGAUCAGGCUACGACCGGUGCUUUCUUUGCAUCUUAGUGGAAAAGCAUUUGAAGAGGACACCGGAACGGUUUGGCUCCCGUGAAAGAGGAGACUUUUUAGGCUUUCCAUGUUGGAUUUACGCAGAAAUUUGUAGUGUUACAGCUGGAGUUUAAACGAGACAGUUUGUGGUAUUUGUAACUUUAGUAGUGUGAGAAAACUCUUGGAUAAACACCUACAUAACGGAGUCACUUUUUGGAGACGUUGGAUGUGAUUUUACGCACGAGAUUCUCCCAACAAAUGACAGCACCUAAGUGGUUUGUUGCUUUCACACUCCAUCCCCUCAGCUCCCUUUAUCGCACUGAUACACCUUAUCAGCCCCCUAACCAGGUUAGACGAGGGGAGUGAAAGCCUCUCUGUCUCUUUCCGUGCGCCAGCGUGCGGCCCCGGGCCACCUGGCCGAGGAUGUGGGGAGGAGGUUUUCCGAUGUCUGUCACCGUGAUUGUAACUCUGCUCCUGGUCAUUAUCGACGUGAAGGCCAGCGGCGAGUUUUGCCACGGCUGGCACGACUCCCAGGGCGUGUGGAAAGAGGGAUUCCAGUGUCCGGAGAAGAUAGAUGGAGAGGACGCGAUCAUCUGCUGCGGGAAAUGUGAACUGCGCUACUGCUGCUCCAGCACGGACGCACGGCUGGACCAGGGGAGCUGCGACAACGACCGACAGACGCAAGAGCCCGGGACAGACAACAAGGAGAACAAGGACUCCGGUGCAGUGCCCAUCUAUGUGCCCUUCCUGAUCGUUGGCUCAGUGUUUGUAGCUUUCAUCCUGGUGGGCUCUGUGGUGGCUGUUUGCUGUUGCCGCUGCCUCCGUCCCAAACAGGAACUGUCUUCUGGAGGUGCAACCGGAGGUGGGGCCAGUGGUGGUCGCCUCUUGGAAACCAUCCCCAUGAUGUCAAGCGUGGGCACAUCCAGAGGCUCGUCAUCACGCCAGUCCAGCACAGCCACAUCAUCCAGCUCCUCUGCCCCCCCAGCUGCCCCCCGCCCUGCCCCCCCUCCUCUCAUGCGGGCUCAGGCCUCCUGCUGCCUGCCCCCUGAUGCCAGCGUCUUUGUCAACAUGCCCACCAACUUCUCUGUACUCAACUGCCAGCAAGCCACCCAAAUCAUGCCUCACCAGGGACAGUUCUUACAUCCGCAGUACAUUGGCUAUGCCCACCCCGUGUCCCCCACCCCAACCUUCCUUGACCCAACCCAGGGAGGAUACAGACCCCUGCAGUCCCCCUGCCCUCCUCCCACUGGUGGAUCCAGUAUUACCAGUGACCAGAAAUACCCUCCAGUGACUGUGUGAGGGGCCAGCAUGCAGACCACUCGGCCACUUUGUUGUGAAAACUAAGUUGUGAAGUUAAACCUGUGAGAGCUGCCCCAGAGACCUUUUGGGGAAGCUGCCAGAGUGGAAAAAGAAACGCAGGGAGUCAGACUCACAUGAAGGACUCAUAAAGCCUUGCUGGCAGCAGAGCCUGCCCUGCUAUUGUGUGUGGUGUGUAUCUGUUUAGUGUGUCAUAUGAUCUCUUGACAAGUUGGAAUGAGCUAAGCUCAGCCUGUAAUGGGGUAAGAUGGAUGCAUAAACAAUCUUCUGUCUUGAUACAAAGACAAAACUGCAUAUUGGUGGUUUAUAGGGCUCAGAUGGGUAAUCCUGCACAUUUCAGUGCAGCCUGCAGUCCAAUAAAGACUGUGCAAGUGUUUGUGUUUGUAACUAUGUGUAUGUGAGAGUGAGGAAAAAGAUUUGUUGGCUUAUAUGUGCAGGAAUGAGUGAUGACUGGAUGAUUUAUUGCAGUGAACUGUAUGCAAAGUGGAUAUUCAAGCAAAAAAAAAAAAAAAAGACCACAUGCUGUGUUUAUGCCAUGUGCACAUCUGCACUUGUAAAUGGUUGUGAAUGGUUUAUACAAUACAACUUUGUAUACAAUACAAAUCUGUUUGAAGUAUGUGGAAAGAAAGUAUGAGAUAAAAUGUUUGUACUGUAUAUGUGGGAGUAUGUGUGUGAAGAGUGGAGGGAUGUGGACGUUAUGAGUAACUGUAUGUUAGCUGUGUGUAAUGGGAAAUGCAGGUGGUGUGAUGUGAAAGGCAGUCGCAAUCUCCCUGUAGACCAUUUAAACUCUAAUGAAGUGAACACAGGACAUAGACUGUGACGCUCCACCCUACUAUACAACUCCCUCCCUUGCCACCCAAAAAGAAGAAAAAAAAGAAAAAACAGAAAAAAAUACUGACCCAACUGCCAUAAGCGGAAACACACACAACCAGAAAAUGAAAAUAUUCAUGCGAGGCCGGGAGUUAAUGUACCUACAAAGUGCGAGUGUGUGACAGAGAGGGAGUGAGAGGCCGUUUUUGAAGAUUAGAGUUAAUUAUACAGCAAAAACUCUGCCAACUGCCCCUUCACUUCAGUGUGAGGUGUGUGCAUAUGUGUGUAUUUAACACUCCCACAGUUCAGCGCAUUAACUGAGGGCAAACUCUGCUCCAGGGCAGCUUUGAAUCAUUAUUUUCCACUUAAGAAAGGAACAGAAAUGGCCUUUCUGAAAAAUGAGUAAAAGUUGAAUAUUUUUUUAGCUGUUCUUUGUGCUGUUGUGCAGCGAGAGUGUGUGUGUGUGUGUGUGUGUGUGUGUAGGGGGGGGGUCUGUAACGGGACUGGUAACUCAGUAACAUGCAACUUCAGGAAUGUGCUGCUCCACUGAGCAUGCAGCCUGAGAUGUCUCAUAGUACUGAAACCGGCGUGUCUGUGUACCUCAUCUGUACCCCAAGCACAAUGUCUGUUAAAGGAAGAAGGCAGCUUGUGUUUGACCAGGAAAGAAUAUCUGUAAAACCAUGGUGAAAAUUUGGUCCAGUGUUUGCUUCCUCUAAAAUACAGGGACCUGCUGCAGGAGUGAAGUUUUCAUAUAAACAAUGAAAAAUAAACAAUUUUUAAAACAGAAAUUAUUGCAUUUGUGACUGUCUUUUGAGUUUUUACCACCCUCAACUGUCCUAAAUAUACACAGAGAAAUGUACUUGCGAUUUAAACAGUGAAAUCAUAUUUUGUGUGAGUAAUCUGUGAAGUGAAUGGAUUUGUGCACAGAAGUCACAUUCUCAAUCCCCUUGAAAUACACAUACUUAAGCCAUUAGAAACACUAAUUACACACUUUCUCAGACAGCUCUACCACCCACAGUGGACAGAACAAAUACCUGUCACAUCACCUGACUCACACAGGAGGAACGAUACACCACAACAAUGCAGUUUUAAACCUCCGACGACAUCUUCUAAUCCUAUGGAGAUGCAGUUUGGCAGGCUUCUCCACAAACUGAGCUAAUGUGGAAAGCGGUAUGGGCCAUUGGGGAGCCACUGGGGAGGAGUUUAAAAGCAGAAAUGGUUCCCUGGCUCCUGGUAGGCCGCCGACCAAUGGAUUCUCCAUACUGGAGCAGCUGUAGUCAGUUUGGCCUGGGAUGUGUCCAGGAAGGUGGGUGGGAAAGGGAUGUCUAGUUGGAGGAAAACUCAAGGGGAUGGGGGCUGUACUAAUCUGCUAAUGGUCUGUCUAUACUGACUGUCUUAAGUGGGAGCGUGGGAGAAGACUGAAUCUGUUAAUAUAUGAAAUAUUAAGCAUCUUAUGUAUAAAACAUUACUUGUAAAAUUUUAUGUCAAGCUUUUCCUCACUUCAGCCAGUGUUUCUUGGAAACAAACCUUGCUUGCGUGCAGGAUAAGACUUGUGUUACAGUAAAAAGACAGAGACAUUUGGUCAGGCCAUGGAUUGAUUAGAUUUAAUGAUUAGGACUUGGAUGGACAACCCCUUCUCCCACCCAUUCAAUCUUGCAUUCCUGGACCAGAGUGUCCUCAACAGAGAGCACGAGACAAUGGACUCUACAUUCAGACAAAUCCCAGAGCCAGAAAAAACACAUGAUCCAGGCGAGUGUCUCAAUCAAAUCCCUUCUGUUUAGAUGCCUAUUAGCUCUAAUUCAAGUAAAAUAUUCCCUCUAUGAGAUUAUCUCCACGUAUGAGUACAAAAACAGGCAUUAAU